UGUCACGACGUCGACCCAAACGUCGACUCGUCCUCCCGCUCGUCGCUCCUCCGAACCCUAGCUAGCGGAAUGACGGACGCAGACGACCCUCGAGCUUGGAUCCAUGGCGACGAGAGCGCUAAGGCCAUGCUCGCUAGGGUUCUCACGGAGCGCUCCUUCCUCCUCCUACCGCCCCUCCACCGCCUCCCUCUCCGCGUCGGCAACGUCGUCGAGAUCGCCGGCCCCUCCCCCUCCGCCAAGUCCCAAGUCCUCCUCCAGGCUGCUGUACACUGUAUCCUACCCAGAGAAUGGAGGGGUCUCCGUUUCGGGGGAUUGGAACGCAUGGUGAUCUACUUCGAUCUAGAUUGCCGCUUCGAUGUGCUCCGCCUCUCCCAGAUCCUGAAGCACCGUAUAAAGGAGGUUCUCGGAUCUACCAACAAUUUUGGUCAUGGAGUACAAGAGGGCUCUCAAGAAUAUGAUGACGAAUUACUUUUAGCUUGCAUGAGGCGCUUCUUGUACAUCCGUUGUUACGAUAGCUAUGAAUUUAUAGCUGCUUUGAAGACCAUGCACUCACACGCUCAAACUGAAAGUGAAGCUCUUGGUGUUGGUAUCCAAUUCCUUAUGAUAGAUAGCAUUGGAGCUUUUUACUGGAUUGAUAGAGCUUCCCAGCCUUCACCUUAUGGUAAUUGUACGAGGAAAAUCAUGUCAUUUCAAAAUCUGGUGGAAUCUAUUGUUGAAGAAAUGCGUAAAUUUUUAGAGGUGCAACCUCUAUUGGUGUUGGCCUCCAAAUCAUGUAUAUUUUUUGCUGGAUCAUCAACAACUGAUGUACAAAGGACUCCUACAACAUGGUCUUCAGAGGAUAGAAACCAAUGGAGAACUUCAAACAAGCAAAUAGAGAAGUUCUUGUACCGUGAGUACAUGCCUUCGGCGUGGCAGGCAUUUGUUACGCACCGAAUACACUUGCAAGUUUCAGAUAAGUGCACUUAUGACAGAAAAUAUGGUACAAUGCCUAUAUAUAUGUCCAAGUGGGUGCAGCCUCCGCUGAAUGUAAAUGAUCAAUUUGCUGUUGGAGAUGGUGGCAUAUUUCUUAUUACCUGAAGCUACAUCAGGACAAGUAACCUAAGGGAUCAAUUCUCGCCCGACUUCCGCCACAAUUGAAACUUGCCUGAUUAAGAAGGUAGCUGUCAUCCAUGUGCCACUCUCCCCAGAAGAAAAUGUUUGGUGCUGGUCUCCCCAUCUGAAGGGGAUCAUGACUUGCCAGAAUCCAUAUAGUUCCCUCAUUAAAGAGCAGCCUUCAUGUGACAUUACUAGGGCCGACUGGAAAACAAUGUGGCUGGUUGCUAUGGUUCCAAAAGUCAAGACCUGAUAAAAUUAGCUUGAGGAAGAUUACCUAUUACCAAAUGGUUCUCAAAAUACUCUCUCGUGUAUUCGCUUCACACAUUCUGCACUGACUCAUGGUAGCAUGGGAGUACGAAGAAUCAUUUGCUGUACAAAGGCAUUUGAGCCUUUGCUUAUCAUAAUGUCAGCAUGUCUGACUCAUUGAUACAGUUUGGAUUUACUAUGAUUCAAACUUUUUACCAUUAUGUUUGUUGGCGGAUGCUGCUGCAGAAGUUGGUUUGAUUUUAGUGGGCCAACUAGGACAGACUGUGUUGAGCUUUGAUUGUAGAUGAAAAUUUCUUUUAUCAAAUUGAUAAUUUAAAUUA